GGUGCUGGGUUGCCAUGACGACCGUGGCUGGGCCGCCUCAGACUCUGUUGGUGACUCCGGCGCGUCGAAGGCCGUGUACCUGCGUGGCUGGCGAUCGUUCGUGGUGGCUCUAUUUCCCAGUAAUACGUGGAACAGUAGGGACAACAGUCCCGUGUCCUUUUUUCGCCCGGACGCCUGACAGGCUGCUCCGCGCCGCGCGCCGCCUCGGGCCGUGCGCGCCCCCUGGCCGGCUCCGGGUGGGGAAGGGGCUUCGCAGGUCCCUAGAAAGGCUCCGCUCCCCCGUGGGGGGUUCAUUUCGUAUCAGUGCGUUGAUUUGCUGCCGCUUAGAGGCUCUUUACAAAGGGACGGGGGCGGGGGAGGAGAUCUGUCUGAAGGAGGCUCCGGGCUUGCGGAUCCGCGCCGCGGUCCGUCGCGAGGCCGCUGGGGACCGGCGGUAACAGGGCUCGGUCUUCCUUGCAGCGCCAUGGGCAGCAGGAAGAAGGAAAUUGCCCUGCAGGUCAACAUCAACACCCAGGAGCUUUGGGAGGAAAUGCUCAGUAACAAAGGACUGACUGUUGUCGACGUCUAUCAAGGCUGGUGUGGCCCCUGCAAACCUGUGGUGAGCCUCUUCCAGAAGAUGAGGAUUGAGGUCGGCCUGGACCUUCUGCAUUUUGCAUUAGCAGAAGCAGAUUGUCUUGAUGUCCUUGAAAAAUACAGAGGGAGGUGUGAGCCAACCUUUCUAUUUUAUGCAGGAGGAGAACUGGUGGCUGUGGUUAGAGGAGCCAACGCCCCACUGCUGCAGAAAACCAUCCUAGACCAGCUGGAGGCUGAAAAGAAGGUGCUGGCUGAAGGCAGAGAACGGAAAGUGAUUAAAGAUGAGGCUCUUUCUGAUGAAGAUGAAUGUUUUUCCCAUGGAAAGGACAUUGGUGAAGAUGAGGACGUGGAUGAGUGCAGAACCGUUUCCUCAGAGAAGGCCUGUACCGUGCCGAUCGUUAAACCAGAUGCAGUGGCCCAUGGAAAGACUGAUGAGAUGAUUAUGAAGUGGAGAGUAAGAAGACCCAGAGCUCCCCGGACCCUGACAACACGGAGUGGGAGGUCGGCCAGGCGUGGACUCACAGCUCCGGGUGGCAGCUGGCAAGAAGCAGCCCGCGGCCUUCAGAGGCAUCUGAGCCACAGUAGAGUGAGCUGAAGCAGGGCCUGGAGCCCUGGAGACAAGAGGGCCCCGCUGCCCCCACCGAGUCCCCUUUCUUCCCCAGUACGGAUUUUCUUUAUGCUUUACAGCCCAGCGAGCCAUCACCCAGUGCUGCUUGCCCUGAAAUCCGACCCGGGCUCUCACCCCUUCAGCAAUGCCUUUUAAAAAUUUUUUUCCUACGUCAUCACACAUUAUGGUCCCAAUAUGGGAGAUUCAAAUACAUUUGAAUUAUUUUGUGAAGUAACUUAA